AUUAAAGAAAAAAAGAAAAGAGAAAGAAUAAAAAACAAAAAGAUUGACGAAAUGAGAUUCUAAUUUUCAGAGCUUCACACUCACCAGAAAAAGAUCAUUUCAAAGAAAACCCACCAAAACCUCCAACUAAUUAGUAACUAACUAGUCAAAUAUAUCACACACAUACACCAAAUUUCUCUCAGGAUUUUGGUGUUUGUGUAAUAAUAAAAAAUGGUUUCAGUGGUAAAUGGAAAGACGCCACAAGAUUCAGGCCAUUCUCGCUUAAAUGAAUUGGGUUAUAAACAAGAACUCAAGCGUGAUCUCUCGGUGUUGUCAAAUUUUGCAUUUUCAUUUUCGAUAAUAUCGGUGUUAACAGGAAUAACAACAUUAUAUAAUAGUGGGUUGAGAUUUGGGGGGCCAGUAGUGUUGGUAUAUGGAUGGUUAGUUGCAGGGGGGUUCACAAUGGCAGUUGGUUUGUCAAUGGCUGAGAUAUGUUCAUCUUAUCCAACAUCUGGUGGUCUUUAUUAUUGGAGUGCUAAACUUGCUGGUACUUCUUGGGCUCCUUUUGCUUCCUGGAUCACUGGCUGGUACAACAUUGUAGGACAGUGGGCUGUAACAACGAGUGUCAACUUUUCACUUGCUCAGUUAAUUCAAGUGAUCAUUCUAUUAAGUACGGGUGGCAAAAAUGAAGGUGGAUACGUUGCCUCUAAAUACAUAGUUCUUGCUAUCCAUGCCGGCCUUCUUCUUGUACAUGCUAUCAUAAACAGCCUUCCUAUCUCGUGGUUAUCUUUCUUUGGACAAGUAGCAGCGGCCUGGAAUAUUUUAGGUGUCUUUUUUCUAAUGAUUUGCGUACCGCUAGUUGCAAAAGAAAGGGCUAGCGCGGAAUUUGUGUUUACACAUUUUAACACUAAUAAUGAAGUGGGAAUUAGUAGUAAACCGUACAUAUUUCUUAUUGGAUUGCUUAUGAGCCAGUAUACAUUGACAGGGUAUGAUGCCUCUGCUCAUAUGUCGGAAGAAACAAAGAGUGCGGAUAUAAAUGGCCCAAAAGGAAUCAUUAGUUCCAUUGGCAUAUCCAUAAUUGUUGGAUGGGGUUAUCUGCUUGGUAUAACUUUCACGGUGACCGAUAUCCCAAGCCUUUUAAGCCCGGAUAACGACGCUGGAGGUUAUGCCAUUGCAGAGAUAUUUUAUCAAGCAUUUAAGAGUAGGUUUGGGAGUGGAACUGGAGGCAUCAUUUGCUUACUUGUUGUUGCUGUAGCCAUAUUUUUCUGUGCCAUGAGCUCUCUUACAAGCAAUUCCAGGAUGGUUUAUGCAUUUUCAAGAGAUGGAGCAAUGCCAUUUUCAUCAAUAUGGCAUAAAGUGAACCAACAUGAGGUCCCUAUAUACGCUGUUUGGCUCUCAGCUUUCAUAGCAUUCUGCAUGGCCCUUACAUCUUUGGGGAGCAUAGUAGCAUUUCAAGCUAUGACAUCAAUUGCUGUGAUCGGUUUGUACAUAGCCUAUGCGUUACCGAUAUUCUUUAGAGUUACUUUGGCACGUAAAUCAUUUGUACCCGGGCCUUUCAAUUUGGGCCGAUAUGGUAUUUUUGUUGGUUGGAUAGCAGUUCUUUGGGUUGCUACCAUUUCUGUGCUCUUCUCUUUGCCAGUAGCAUACCCUAUUACCGAUCAGACUCUCAACUAUACACCUGUAGCAGUUGGUGGUCUCUUUAUCAUCGUGGUGUCCUAUUGGCUAGUGAAUGCACGAUAUUGGUUUAAAGGUCCCAUAACCAACGUUGAUACCCAUAGCAAUGUAUAGACCAUCUUAUUCUGUUGAUGCUACGAUUAAUUGUAUAUGAACUCUUGGUAUCGUAUUUGCAGUUAUAUAUGUAUAGGGAAUCAGUAAUGACAAUCAAGAAUUGGUUAUUGCCUUUGUAUUACGGAGUACUAGUUAAAGAAAGAAAUAGACAAGUAUUUUUUUUGGCCA